AUGGCCGACCCCAAUAAUAACCACCCUCACGUUGACCCUAACGCCAACUCUCCCAUCGCCCGCCUCUACCGCUUACUCAAUGGGCCCGGAUUUUCCUGCUCAGGCAUUAGAGCCCCCUUAAUCUUCGCCUCUGGCGACGAUACCGCCGCGCCUGCGGCCGGAAGCAGUCCAACCAACAAUAAUAAUGGCAGCUCUGCGUCUAACAAUGAUGGCUCCGGCGAGGCGAGACUUCGAGGCGGCGGCGGCGACACAGAAGACGAAGAGAAGAACAAAGAAGACAGAAGUGAGUACCUGGAGCCGAACCCUCACGAGAAUUCACUCUUCAUGAACCUCGUCGAGCUUCUCAAGGAACUGGAGCUUCAGAAAGAGAAUGACCAUGCUAGAAACCACCCCGACAAGACAAUAACUCAUCGAGAUGCGACCCGAGGCGGCGCUUCCCUGCCGAACGACGUCACCAGCGCACUGGAGGACCUGCUGGAACACCUGCUGGAAGACGUCCAGCCGCACGCAAAAUCACCAGCGCGAACGCCCCAAGGACCGCUCGACAGCAAGGGGGACAACAACACCAACAAUGACGAUGCCCCGCCCGCAUACGAGCCCGCAUCCAGGCUCCGCGGCGGGGGAAACUGGCUGUCCAGAGAGCAAGCUGGUGGCGCACGACCGUGUCAUUCCCAACAGCAAUCACCCUCGCCUCCACCUUCACCUCCUUCUUCUCCUUCUUCCCACCAUCGCCCCCCUUUCCCCGCCGUCGCUGCGCACGAAAGCGCACAAGACAGCAAAGAAGGCGCAAGCAAGCCCCGCUCCCUCAACCCGCAACAACAGCACUCAACCAUCGUGCCCCUCCGCAACUUCCCGCUGCCCGUACCAGCCGUCCUGAAGGACUCGCUGGUCGUCCAGCUGCCGCGGUCGUUUUGCCGGCAGGUGCACGGGAGGGUGCGGAUGGCGGUGGACGCUUGGGCUGCUGCUGAAGGGAGUGGUGCGAGGGCAUGGUCAUCGUCGCCGGAGCCCCCGUCGCUACGCCCGCUAUGGAGCGAGUGUUUCGGCGAGAUGUCGCCGCGGGAGGUGGCAGAGCACGGGCGGGAUUAUGGAUGUAGGAAGGGCGCGGGCGCUGGCAGCAGGUUCCAGGGGCCGUAUUGGGUCAAGGAUCGGGAGGGGAGGGUGAGGGCGGUGGAGCGGGAGGGGGAGAGGAGGGAGUUGGGGAGGCGGUGGUUUGGGGAGGAGGAAGAGGAGACGGUGGAGGAGAAGAAGAAGAAGAAGAGCGAGGGCGGAUGGAGUGAUGGCGACGAGGCUGUUACGGGACGGCUGAGAGGCGGCGGUGAUGAUGAUGAUGACGAUGACGGAGAGGGCUACGACUCGGAUUUGCACAAAUGGGUUCGCGACGACCAUAACGACUGGCGCAUCUUCACGACGUCGAAGCUGCCCCCCCCGGCGGACGACUAUCCGCCGAAGAGCUUGAUUCCGCGGUGGUUUCGCAGGCGCCCGCACCGCACAAUCGUGCCCAUGCCGGAUUUUGUGCUUAAGCCUCGCUUCAUUGGAGACCGCCGCAACUAUAUGGACUUCAUAUUUGGCCCUAGAAAGCUUGGUAUUGGUCACUCACUUGAACCCCCGAAGCUGGAGAUUACCGAGACAUCGGAGCCUUGGGAGAAGGUCUUCACUAGCUGGUCGCCACGGGAGCUGGCGGACCUGCAGCGGGGAUGGGAAGAGUAUCAAUAUGGCCGGUACGAUGGGCCAUAUUGGAACUGCGACGAACAGGGAAAUGUCCGUGUUGUGGAGACCAAGCAAGCGAGAGAAGAGCUGAUGGAGGAGUGGUUUGGCAAGGAUGAGGGUAAGGGCGAGGGCAAGGACGAGGGCAAGGACGAGGGCAAGGACAAGGGCAAGGCAAAGUGGCUGGUGGGGAAGGCACGUCUGAGGGGCGGUGGCCGUUUUGACGACGAGGCCGAUGACAGCGGCAGUGAUCUAUGGGAGUAUCGGAGAAGAAAUCAAGACAACGAUGGCUUCGUGCCCCUCGGGAGCGAUGGAAGUUCCGUCAGGAGCACUCGAGGCUCGUCAUCAAGUGAAGAGCCUGCAGAAGGUGACCGGCCAUUUACACCAUCGCCUUCCAAUGGCGCGGAUUGGGAGACGGAAACUCGUGGGCUGCUCGGGGCACGGGCUUUUGACGAAAGUAUUUGGCACGAAGAAGAUAAGGAAGUCCUCCUCCAACAUCAACAUCAAACACCCUGUGCCUUUGAGUGUGAAGUGGGACAUUCCUGCCAAGAGUGUCGAAAGUCUUUAAAGGAUGAGGUAGCCCGAGUGCUUGACCGAACCUCCAUUGCCCGGGUCUUUCGGUCGUCUUUGCAAGAGUUCCCAGGAGAACUACCAAGUCGGUAUGAAGUCUGGCGCGAAUUCCGCUCAUGGCCGGAAGCGUGGCUUUCCAACGGAGAGUUCAACAGGGAACUGUGGGAGGAGAUUUCUCGCGACCUUGAGCGGAUUCGAAGGUCGAGGCGUCACCAGGGUGGUCCCGCCAUCGAUGGCUGGCUGAGGGGUGGUGGCAGGUUCAGCCCCUCCAGCAACAGUGACAGCAGUGGGUCAGAAAAACGUCGCCGUCGCCGUCACCGCCGUGCUGAGGACGGCGAUGCUUCUGCCGGUAAUAGUGGCCAUCAUGAAGCGCGUGAAUGUAUAGACCUACCUUACGAUCUAAGUACUCACUUCCGAGAAUCUCUUGGUAGGGAUGGCAAUACGGUCGACAUGCCAUGGUGGGCCAUGGUGGGGGCAAUGGAAGAAUGGGGCAUCGGUGAAGAAACUUUCAGACCAAGCAGCUCCAGUAGUCCAGAGAAAGAUCCUAAAAAGGGAUUGUCCGGUGAAGAAGACGACAAGGGCAGCACUGAUGAUAGUGGAUCGGACUGGGAGGAAUUCUGGGGCAACUUGGGUCCAAAGAGAAUUCCAAUCCACGUUACCGAUAGCAAGGGCAACGCGCGCAGGGCAGACCUACGAAGAGCGCUGCGGCUCCUCGGAAAGUUGGAACGUGCCAAAGCCGAGCACACAGGCGGUAAGGAUAGCAGUCAUAAUAACCACGGAAAACAACAAACGUGUGAAGAUGCUGAGGGGAUUUACAACAGUGUUUCAAGUGAAAGAUUCAGACAAGCACUCCGCCAAAGGUGCAAGAAAGAACCACUCGACAGCCGCGGCCUGAUGUAUCAAAGGUACUUGAAAUCCGACGAGGCGAGAGACAAGCAUGGGAGGUUGAACUUGAACUUUUGGUACAGAAUACUGGAGAUACUUGAUGAGGAAGUUGGGCCAGCGGACGAAGAUCAAAUGCCAUCCACCGGCGAGGGGAAUUCAAUCAGUGCUUGUCGGAGUCGCGAUGUGGGGCCAACAUUGAGGGGCGGAGGCUACCCCAGCGCUGACAACAGUGGUACGUCUGACAGGAGAGAGGCGCCCCUACUAAGCGCUAGCAACAAGCGCUUUGAUGAGCCAGGCAACCAAGAAGGUGUUCAAUGUCUGGAUGAUCAGGAGUUACAGAAUGCCUUUGAUUUCUGGUUAUUUUGGUAUGUGUUCGGCGACUCUGGUAGAUCGUAA